ACAUGCGUCCAUUGUGGGGGUAACAGGUGAUCGUAGUCAAGCCAUAUCUACGAGCGUUCCUGCGUCGGCGUUGCCUGUUUUUGCGUCGCCAAGCUGCUACCGACAACCGUGACGGCCCUGCAAGCCAGUAGAGCUGUUCGCGGGUUUAUAUCCGAGCACAUCUUCGAAGGGUAAAAUGGACCGGGACUCCGACGGUGCCGCAGAAAAGACCGAGCCCACUUCGCCGCUGAGGGGCAUUUCUGGUGGAGGCAGCAGCGCGGCGGGUUCCCUCGCCUCCCGGCCUGGGACCUGCGGUGCCACCGACGUCGCCCGAGCCAGGUGGACCCUGCUCAGACAGGUGUUGCGUCAGACGCAGGUGGACAGUCCAGAGGUCAAACAAGCAUCAGUUCGAAGGUUUGCCACAUUUAACCUCUUCAGCAGAAAAAGGCUUGUGACCCAAGACUCAAGUUAUACCUCAGAUGACCAGUGGGUGGAGUACAGAAGUGUCUUUUUUCCAGAGUACAGUGCCUUACUCAGGGAUAACUUGGGGCCUCUUAGAGUUAAUGAAGUGCUCAACAGUUUUGACAACACUGGUAAUGUUUGUGUGUGGCCGUCUGAAGAGGUGAUGGCUCAUUACUGUCUGCAGAAACGACAAACGUUCAGAGGUGCCGUGUGUGAGUUAGGAGGAGGUAUGACUUGUCUGGCAGGCCUAAUGGUAGCCAUUUGUGCUGACGUGAAGGAAGUUCUGCUAUCAGAUGGGAAUGAGAAGUCCAUUCAGAAUGUACGAGGGCUGAUCGAGAGAAACAGGCAAGAUGGAAGGUUUGGGUCAAGACAUGUAUCUGCCAGGGUGGUGAGGUGGGACAGUGAGUCUGACAUUUCAGCACUGGAGGGUCACUUUGACAUCGUCAUGUGUGCAGACUGUUUGUUCCUCGACCAGUACAGAGCCAGCCUGGUUGAUGCUAUAAGGAGAUUACUGCAACCCAACGGAAUGGCUUUGGUUGUCGCUCCACUGCGAGGUGAAACUCUGACACUGUUUUGUCAACUGGCCCAGCAGGCCGGACUCUGCGUCUCUCAACACCAGCAGUAUGAUGCUCAGGUCUGGGAAGUCCACUUAGAGAUGCAGAGAGAGGGAAAAGAAGCAUACGACGAGAACAUCCACUACCCUAUCCUCCUCACCCUGACCCAUGGACCUCAACCUGUCAGUCACUCUCAGUAAAACAAAAUGAGUGAGCCCUCAUCUCCACUGCAUAUUCCAUACAUACUCCACAUAUUCUUUCAGAUAUUUGAAGGGGAUGAUGCUACAGGGUCAUUUUAAGAAAUGUGACUUAAGACUUGCACUAAAAGAACAGUAUUAGAAUACACAUUGUUUCAGUGUUGAAUCAAAUCGAGAAACAAAGAAAAUCAAGUUACAGUCAUAUCUGAGACAUUUUUGACAAUAUUUGAGUGUUCCUUCAAGUAGACUGCCUAUUUACGUACCGGUAUAAACAGGUAGCAGACUGUAGCAGACUGUAUUCUGCAGUUGGUUGCUUAGUUACAGAAAAUCCUACUAACGAGAACAACAAUGGUGAAAAGUAAGAGCAGGGAUCUUUUUUUUUUCUCAGACUGAUGACCAGGUUGAACUAUUAUUUAAAUUAAGUAUUUAUAACAUAUGCAUUCACCGCUGGCAGUCGAGUCGUGACUGAUUGCAUUAUCGUUUUUUCAAACUUCUCCGUUUAGGCAUUGUAAAACUCCACAGUAGAGGUCAGUAUUAAGAUCUUUUUUGUGCAUUGAUUGCAACAGUCCAUUAACUUACAGUAGAGACUGAGUAAUUGCCGUUGCUGCCCAGGAGCUACAGCUUGCCUUCUACACAGCAACAUCACCAUGGAUACAAGUCACACAGCUCUGUUGGUAUUAUAAUCUGUGUUUAAACUGUACUGUAACUGUUUGCUCUUUCUGACUUUUAUUCCACUGACACCUCCAGCUCCCACUGCACGCACAGUUUAUUAAAAUGUUUGCAACACGCUGCUGAAAGCGCUGAGUCUUAAUCCACCUUCAGGUAGUGCCAGUCUGUCUAAAGAGAGACAGAGAAUACUUGCACAUUAGUUGUGAUGACUCCUGCUAUUUAUUCCUGCAUUUAUUUAAAAAGUGACCCCAAUACUGUGGAGUAGAUUUGACAAAAAACUAUAUUGAUAUGCUGCACAGAGCAAAAUUUCUUCAGUUCAAGAUGAAAAGGUACAAUGCAGCCACAACCAUUGGACAUUGGGGCUUAAAGUAUUAUUUCAAAUGUGCAACCAUAGUUUUAAAAGUCCCAAAGUCUCAAGAGCAAAAAUGUUAACAUAUUUCAGUCCAAUUGCUCCAUUAUUUUCUGCUGGUAUUACUUUUCUGUCAAAAUAGUUUAACACAGUGUUACUCAGGACUUUUCCUUCUAUACAGCAGUUUCUUCUUUCCUGUGGUAUUUUAAAAAACGGCAAGUGUCAGUUGGUCAUUCAAACAUGACAUUGUACUUUUCAUGAGUAAGAUGUUUCCAUAUUUCACUGUGAUCCAUUGCUGUAUACAACAGCCAAGAAGCUAUGCAGUAUCGCCUAGUGUAUUAAAUUGUAUUGCAAAGGUAUAGAAGUGUAUGUAAUUACAUUUUUAUCAUUAAUGUAGUUAGUUGUAUACCUUUGAUAUCUGUGGGCUAACAUACUGUACAAAUGCCACCCCAACUGUGACUGUGAGCAGUAACUUUAUCACUGGCUGGUGUAACAUCACCACCAAUACUUUGGCAUCAGUAACCACUGUAUACUGUGACAUCUGCGCUGCUUUGCUGAUUUUUGCAACAUCACUCCUUCUGUUAGUGGCAAAGUCUUCACCUGGUGCAGUGCACCCAAAAGCUGUGGUGAUGUCCUGUUUUAACUUGGUGAUAUUGUUUCUUCUUGAUGUGAUCUUAGUGCUGUAUACCAGGACACGUACCACUUCUCACUGUGACAUCGGCAGAAAGACAAGAAGCAAGUCAUUGUCAGUUUUACUCAGAGACGCCCAUAAUCUAACAGUUUGUGUCGAAGAGAGAGAUCCACAGAGGAGGAUUCACGUUGCAGCUGAGAAUUGCUUUGGCCAAGCAUCAAAAAGGAAUGCUCCUUUCCAAAACAUUUAUGGCAUUGCAUGAAGGAAUGUCUCAGCUGUUUUAAUUAUGGAAUAGAACUCCUUGAUUUGUUGGUCAUUUGCCGGCUAUGUCCACACUAAUCCUGAUCUAGUUUUAAAUUGGAUCUACUUUUCUCAGUUUUGGCCUUCUUUCCACAAUGACCCACUAAAAAACUGAACUUCAAAUUUAGUUGAAACUGCAUAUGUCGCUUUUUGCUGUGGAGGAACUGUGAACAUUUCCAAAAAUAUGGGUGAACAAUCAGCAUGUGAUCUGGUCUAAACCUGCUGGUUCAAGUGUUUUUUGCAUUUUCAAAAGCAGUAGCUUUAAGGAAUUUCUAUCUAGUUUAGGGUUUUUUGCUGGCAUGCAGACAACAGAAAAAUGUAGGUCUGUAGCUACAUUAUAUAUUUCAGUUGAUCUACUUUAAUGUGGACAUGGUAUAAGUUUUUCAAGUAUCCUCUGCUUCGCAGUAAUCAGUGGAUUGUACUUUGCAGUGAGUGAUACUUUUUGUGAAUGAAUUAAAAUAAAUAAAUUGUCUCCAAUAAA